AGCAGUGCGGCAGUCAGACUGACGGCAGAGCUGCAGGCCGGAUCACUCUCUGGCUUUAGCAUACACAGCUGCAGGGUAUCCACAUGUUGGCUCUGACUGAGGAGCAGCUUCUCUGCUGCAUCUGCCUGGAUGUCUUCAUUGAUCCAGUCACGUUACCAUGUGGACACAACUUCUGCAAAAUCUGCAUCACGGAGCACUUAAAUUUUAAUUCCCAGCGCCAGUGUCCCAUGUGUAAAACGUGUGUUAAUAGAAAAUGUAAGCUUGGGGUCAAUACUUUCAUAUCUGAGAUGGCUGCUCAGUUCAGAAAGUCAGCUGGAAGGACAGCCAGCAACAGCUCAGAGCAACAAGUUGACGUUUCCUGUGAAGUUCCUACUGAAACUAAACGGACAGCCCUGAAGUACUGCUUGUUGUUAGCAUCAGGCCUUGCAUGUGUCAUCAUUAUCUACUUUACAAUGAACCUAAAGCUUCAUCAAACAGUGUCCAGCCUGAAAAAUCAUCUGCGGUUUGGGAAUGUAGCAAGCAGCAUGUGUCAUGACAUUGUUCCUCUAAAAGAAAACUAUGAAACAAAGAAGAUGGAGCUUUUGAAAAUAGAGGCUGACAUUGAGCAGAAGAUCCUGGAGAGACAACUGAAAAAUCAGGAGAUUAAACACUGGGCAUGGGUUAGCAAUGAAGCCGCCAACAGAGAGAUGGCUGUUGGUGUUCAGCUCUUCACUUCUUUGAUACGGUCUUUGGAAAGAUCCCAGGCAGAGCUCAUCGGGAUGAUUGACGCAAAGCAGAAAACGACUAAGACACAGGCCAAAGGUUUCACCCAAGAGCUGGAGCAGGAAAUCUCUGCACUAAUGAGGAGGUGGGCCAAGGUGGAGCAGCUCUUACACCCAAAAGACCAGCUCCAUUUCCUCUACAACUUCCCAUCCAUGGAUGCUGCUCCACUCACCAGAGACUUGCCAGAGGUUUAUCCAGCUUUGAAUGAUGGAAUCCUGAGGACAGCUCUGGUAACAGCUGUAGAUCAGCUGACAGAGAUAAUCCGAAAGGAGAUGGAGAAGCUGCAUGAAGCUGAGCUGAAAGGCCUCCAGCUGAAUGCGCUAGAUGUGACUCUGGAUCCUGAUACAGCACAUCCAUAUCUUAUCUUGUCUGAUGAUGGGAAACAAGUACACUAUGAUGAUGCGAGGGAGGAGCUCCCAGACAACUCAAAACUAUUUGAAUUUGAACCUUUUGUCUUGGGAAAGCAGAGUAUCUCUUAUGGAAGAUUCUACUAUGAUGUUCAAGUUAAAGGGACGACGGAUUGGAUUUUAGGAGUGGUCAAAGAAUCCCUCAACAGGAAAGAAGUUCAACUAGACCCUGAAAAUGGCAUCUGGGUUCUAUUUCAUAGACAUGGAGAUCAGUACUUUGCACUUGUUGAAGGGUCUGACCCUCUCUCUUUGAAUGGUCAGCCUGAGAAGGUGAGAGUGUUUGUAGAUUAUGAGGAGGGUCUGGUCUCCUUUUAUGACUUAGAUGAUGCAGCGCUUAUCUACUCCUUUACGGGCUGCUCCUUCACCGAGAGACUUUACCCAUUCUUCAGUCCUUUUCCUAGUACAGAUGGCAGAAACUCAUCCCCUCUGAUUAUCUCUCCUGUCCAUUAAUUACAUAUUAAGUCAGAUUAAUCAUUGCCUUUGCAACAACUUGCUAUGUUUUACACUUACAUCUGUUGUUAGGUGGUUACAGUAGUCUCAUUGGGUUGUUGUAGAUAGAAGGCAACUACAUAAAAGUCUAUUAUGUGGUGUUAGUUGUUGAGAUGUGUUUGCUAGGGUGUUUUCAAUG